UUUGAUGCUAAUGGAGAUGGAAAAAUCUCUGCCUUUGAGCUCAAGUCCUAUUUCGGAUCCAUUGGAGACUACUUGUUUCCCGACGAAGCUCAAGGCCUCACCCAAGACCUCGACUCCGAUGACGACCAUUUGUUGGACUUUCAGGAUUUCAUGAAGCUCAUGACCAUCAACAACAAUGAUGAUCUCAGGAAAGCUUUUGAGAUGUUUGUGUGGGAGAAGGAGAAUACGAAGGCUUCAUCGUCAUUGUCAGGUAGUAUCACCCCGAAGGGUUUGCAAUGGACGCUACAGCAGCUUGGUCUUGAAAUCUCAUAUGAUGACUGUGUUGCCAUGAUUGCUGCCUUUGACACUGAUCCUAAUUAA